CCAAAAUAUUUUAUGCCCAAAAACUUGGCAUUUCGAAGCAGAGCGAAAACCAAGUUUUUUCUACACUUAUUAAGACGAAGCGAGUGGUUAAUUAAAUAACAACUCCUUCGGAGGAAAAGUUGGUUUGCAAGGGGGCUGUUUAAAUGGCAGACGCCGAGCCCGCGCAACCCAGCUCGCUUUUUUUGAAACCAACAAACUUAGAAUGUAAAAACUUGUACGACUACUUAAAAACGCGCUCUUCGGCAACGUUGGAAAAACUCUACAACCAUCCAACGAUUUGUUUGGCCGUUUACCGAGAAUUGCCAGAACUGGCACGCCAGUACGUGAUUCGAAUUUUGUUCGUUGAACAGCCGGUGCCCCAGGCAGUUGUGGCGUCAUGGGGGGCUCAGGCCUUUUCCAAAGAGCACGUUUAUGUGAGUAAGGUUUUGAGCGAAUUGUCGGUAUGGCAGGAGGCUGCGAUUCCAGGGGGGCUCCUAGGUUGGAUCCUUUCAGUUACGUUUAAAAAGAAUUUGAAAAUUGCCUUAUUAGGGGGGGGCAAACCUUGGAGCAUGUCUUCGGCUUUAGAAGUUGACAGUAAGGCAAGAGAUGUGUCUUUUUUGGACGCUUAUUCGCUCGAACGGUGGGAAUGUGUGUUACAUUACAUGGUGGGGUCGCAACAACAAGAGGGAAUUUCUGCGGAUGCUGUCAGAAUUUUACUACACGCUGGGCUUAUGAAAAGAGACGAGGAAGAUGGCAGUCCUGUUAUAACACGUCAAGGCUUCCAGUUUUUACUCUUAGAUAGGCAAGCACAAGUUUGGCAUUUUUUACUCCAAUAUCUCGACACAGUUGAGCAAAGAGGAUUAAGUCUGGUUGAAUGUUUAACGUUUUUAUUCCAACUCUCAUUUAGUACACUUGGAAAAGAUUAUAGCACUGAAGGCAUGAGUCCCGGCCUUUUAAUUUUUCUCCAACACUUGAGAGAAUUCGGAUUAGUGUAUCAAAGAAAACGCAAAGCAGGCCGUUUUUACCCGACCAGAUUGGCCUUAAAUAUUACGUGUAGCCAAGGCCCCGAAACUCGAAUUUUGGAGGAAGACACUCCAAAAGGUUACAUAAUUGUAGAGACAAACUACAGGGUUUAUGCUUACACGGAUUCUAAUCUUCAAGUUGCUUUAAUUGGUCUUUUCACAGAACUGAUGUAUAGGUUUCCGAACCUUGUAGUGGGCGUAAUAACACGUGAUUCCAUAAGACAGGCUUUGAAAGGGGGAAUCACAGCCGAUCAAAUUAUCGGGUACCUCAAACAACAUGCACAUCCUCAAAUGUUGGAAGGUGAGGCCAAACAUCCUCUACCUCCGACAGUUGUGGAUCAAAUCAAACUGUGGGAAAUUGAGCGGAACAGAUUAACGUAUUCAGAGGGCGUUUUAUACAGCCAAUUCCUAUCACAGGCUGAUUUUAAUAUACUGAAAGAGUAUGCACAGUCUAAUGGCCAUCUAAUUUGGUGUAACAAAGAAAAACGGACUCUAAUCAUCAAUAAAUCGGCACAUGAUGAUGUUAAAAAGUUCUGGAAGCGAUAUUCGAAAGGAAAUUAAUUUAGAUUUAAUAAAAACUUUACCACU